UGGAGGCCAUCCCGGUCUGUAUGUAUUAAGACCUGCCAACGUCACAAGAUCACUAACGAUCCCAGCAUUGAAGCGACUUGCAUCUUCGAUGGACAGGUCAAAGAUUGUGCAAAAGAUCCACUUUAUGUUAACACAGAAGUAGAAUCUCAUUGUGCUACUGGAUAUAAGCCUGAUCGUUGGAACGGAAAUCGUUCGAGCGGAAAUCAAAUUUGUGACAUUACUGGCGCGUGGCAACGUAAACCUCUCAGUUCUCCUACCUUCAAAUAUAAACCUGAUUGCGGCAAGACUUUUAGCACAGUGCAAGGUCAUCCGUGGAUUGUCAGCAUUUAUAAACAUACCCACAAUGAGGUUUACGAAUUUAUGUGCCUAGGCACAAUAAUAGAUCCGAGAUAUGUGAUUACUGCUGCCAGUUGCUUCGCGUCAAGACCCCCCGCUCACGCAAUACUGAUUGUGCUGGGCAGUCAUACAAUUGACUUUAACCAGGCUGAGGAGAACGGUUUCGAUACAAUGACGGUUUCUCAUAUUUAUACUGGCAGAAAUCCUACGGUGAUACUCGAAAUGAUAAAUCCUUUCAAACUCUCUGUCAAUAUUCGUCCCAUUUGCUUGGGUAAUAUUGCUCAAAAUCUCAUAAAUAAUAAUACUGAGGAUAACGUGUUGCCUGGAACGCCGUUGGAAUAUUAUAAUUCAACUUCACAAACUUACACGCUGACGCAUAUUGCUAAUAACAAAACAAAUUUUAUUGAUCUCAGAGGCAUCAGUAAUAAGAUAAAAACAAAUUUAAGGCGGUAUGAAUUAAAAAAUAGGCUUUUGUAAAGUGAAUUAACAACCAAUAUAUUGAGUUUAAUAAAUAUAUAUGAUAUGUA